UUUUUACUCUGAUCUUGGACGAGCGCCAUCAGCUGAGCUAACGGCAGUUCACUACUACUAACCCCACAGAUAUACGUACCCGCUCCUACAAAAUUUUAAAAUACUCUUACUAACCCAUAACCUCGACCGAGAACCAUCAAUGAGCACCGGUUUCAAUGAGAUACGCCUUUACCAAAGCGUUACAAAUAAACGCCAAGGUUCGUGAUCGUUUCAGUCCGGGAGUAUGGCGACGUGAGCGCGCACCGCGUCGGCCAUGGCGCGCCAACGAUGGACGUUUGCUCUAAUUUUAAUCUGCCUGCCUAUCCUUGCCACAGUGAUAACCGCAUUCCGUGUACGCGAUUUACCUAAAGCCGAGACUGUGAAACACGAUAUAAGAAAGCAAAAGUGUGACGAUUGUGAAGUGAAGGACGGUCAUAAGUUGCAUAGUGUUAAAAUCGAAAGUGAUAAACAUGUGUUUGAAGAUUUGAAGAAGCGCGAUAAGCAACCAGUUCAUCAGAAGGCUGAAACUAAAUCUGCUCACAGAUUUGAUUUUAAAAGCGACGAAAAUGACGAUGACGAUAAAAAGGAUAUUUUGAAAACUAAGACAGUCUUGAAACAGGAAGCUUCCGCUAGCAAAGUGAAGCAACAGGCAAGUAGUCAAAAGUUUUUAAGUUUAGGUAAAGAUAAAGACGAUGAUGAUGAUGAUGAUGAUGAUGACGAUAGUAACAACGUUAAAAGUAGUUCAUUGAAAAAGUCAAAAGUGAUUGAUGUAAAGAAAAAUGAGAUUAAACCGAAACCAGAUGCAAAGAUUUCAAAAACCAAAGAAUCGCUCUCUAAGUUUGUGAAACGUGACGAAAAUGACAACGAUGACGACGACGACGCCGAUGAUGAUGAUGAUGAUGAUGAUGAUAGUGAUGAUAUCCAGCGAGUUAUUUCAAAACCAAAAGUAAUUGAACUGAAAAAACCUGAUUUGAAAAUAAAUCAAGACCGUAAAAAAACAGAUUCUAAAUUAUUGUCACUUAAAUCUAAAGAAGUCAUUGACGUUGAUGAUGAUGAUGAUGAUGAUGAUGAUGAUGACGACGACGAUGGCAAUCACACUCCAGCCAAGAAAUCCGAUCAAAAAGUCAAACAUGAAAAUAAAAGACCAGAUUUGAAAGUUUCAUUACCUAAGUACAAAGAAAAAGUUCAUGGUGAUGAUAAUGAAAAACCAUCUAUUAAAUCGAAACCUGAGGUGAAGAAAACUGAUCAGAAGUUAAUAAAAGAUCAAAGCUCAGAAGUCGUAAAGUCAUCUUCAAAAUCUAUUGAAGAUGAUGAUGAUGAUGAUGAUGAUGAUGAUGAUGAUGAUGAUGAUGAUGAUGAUGACGAUGAAAAUGACGACAACGAUGAUAAUGAUGACGAUGAUGAAGAUUUUUAUAGCGGAACUCUGUCAAGUAUUAUGGAAACAUUUAACAUGCUCGGUUUAAAGAUUGACCCUAGUCUUGAAGCGACUACAAAAAUUCACGAAAAUGAGAUAAAAAAACAUAAAAGUAAGGAUAAAAAACACUCAGAUGAUUCUGACGAAAAACCUAAACAUGAGGAUAAGACUAGACCAGCUAUUGUUAAAAAAAGUGACAUGAAACCUGACGAAGAAAAACCUAAAGAAACGCAAUCAAAGCCUUUUUUCUCAGCCAUUUUUGGAAAUGACGACGAUGAUGACGAUGAUGACGACGACGACGAUGAUGAUGACAAUGAUGAUGAUGAUGAUGAUGGUGACGAUGAUGGUGACGACGACGACAAAGAAUAUACUUUAAAAAAGAUAAAAGUCAAAACUACUGCCAAUGAUAAAAUUAAAAUAGACAAAAAGCCCCUUCACGACAGUAAGAAAGAAACCAAAGAAAAGGUUGAACCAGUGAAAAAACCUUUCAAAGAAGAAGUUAAAAUCGGAGAGAAAAAGCCUGAAGUCAAACCUAAAGCAGAAACCAAAAAAGAAGAACCGGUUAAAAAAGAAAUUAAAGAAAGUAAGAGUAAAUCUAAAGACGAUGAUCAUAAGUCUGAUAAACUAAUACCAAAAGAAAAAGAUAAAAUUAAAGAUGUUGAGAAACCAUCUCCCAAAAAAGAAGAUAAAAAAGAACCUAAACAUGUAGAAGAAAAACCAAAGAAAGAAGCAGUCAAGAAAGAACAAGAAAAAGACUCGGUUAAAGCAAAAUCUAAAGAAAAGGAGGACAAACUAUCAAGUCACGAAGACAUGAAAAUAACAGAAAAAAUAGUUCCGGAGCAUAAGAAAAAAUAUCCCAUCAAAGACACUUACAAUAUGCACGACUCUAAAAAAGACUUAAAAAAAGAAUCGGAUUCAGAUAAAAAAGUGGAUAAAACAUCAAAAGAAAAGUUCGAUGAUAUUCCAGAAAUGUCCUCGUCGACUGAGAGUCAUUUAAAACACGUUACGGACGCUUUGCACCGGCGUAAUUUGCUCAGAAGUGAAUUUGAAGACUUUUAUGCAUUUUUUCCCACAUUUGCACCAAAUUUUUCUCGAAUUCAUAAUCCGGAAUGCAGGCGUCACGGGCAGAUUGUGUUAAGGCAAUUACGAGGCACGAAACUAUGGGCCCUGAAUAUGCUUGACGCUACGGCGAAGAUUCCCUCGGGUAUUCUGCAAGGUAAUGGAAUCCAGUUAGGUGACUUUGACCAGUGUGUGGGGAGCCGCGCGAGGGUUCAGUUAGAGAGUGGUAGCGUUGUCAAGGUCCAGGGGAAGUACUGCUUGGCUCGACUGGACGUGAAGGCAGAACACCCAGAGCUGGAGACGCCCGUGCAUCUGGCGCAAGCCAAGAACUUGAUCAGGAGUCGGAUCGAUGAUCCAGGUCACUUUGUGCCGCGAUUUUCAACGUUGAGUUGGGGAGUCUGCGUGCCAGCCGCCUGCAACCCUGAGGAUGUCGAGGUGGUCAUCAAGGAUGCCGUCAAACACUACCAGCACACCAGUGGAGUGGUUGUUCGCGUCAAGGUGGACGAAGAGGACUGUCAUGUGGAAGAAGGGGAUUAUUGGGAGGAAUGGACGGAACUCCCGACUAUCUUGACAUUAUCAUUCUAUGGUGUCAUCAUUAUGCUGGUACUUGUGGCGACUGUUCAAGACUUUCUUGCAAGAAGACCAGAAGGUCAGAGCGAAGACUCUAAUGAAAAGGCGGAGGGCGAUGAGGAAGAAACAAAAGAUGAAGAAAAAGGAAAGAGUGAUAGUAAAAAAUCAGGUGGCUUGCUAAGCUCUUUCUCGCUUUACUACACGAUAAACAAGCUGACAGCUCCAGGCACUGAUGAUGAGAUCUCCUGUAUUCACGGUGUUAGAGGAAUCGCUACAAUGGCUCUGUUGAUCGCUCACAAGUUCUUGCCUGUCGCUGUGAUGCCAUAUACCAAUAGGCUGAGGAUAACUGAGAUAGCGAGUUCUCCCCUAUGGUCUUGGUGUCGAGCUGGCUGGAUGUUCACAGACUGUUUCUUGCUGCUAAGCGGAACUCUGACAGCUCAUAGGGCUGCUGACAGCGACAGCGGCGCUCCUAGAAGACUCUUCUCCAGAUAUUUAAGGUUGACACCAGCGCUAUUUGCCGUGGUGAUCUUCUAUGCGUACGUCUGGGACAAAUUGUCCAGUGGCCCUAUGUGGGGAACCUUCGUUACCAAGAACGCUGAAGUGUGCCAAGAAGGCUGGUGGUGGAACCUUCUGUAUGUGCAGAACUACUUCGGUUUUGAAGAUAUGUGUGCCCCUCAAACGCACCAACUGGCCCUGGACAUGCAGCUGACCAUCAUUGGCUGCAUUUUAGUAUGGCUGGUCACUGCCAAGCAAGGACUCUAUAAGAUCCUUAUACCAGGACUUCAUAUCAUCGCAGCGUACUCCAGAUACACCACCGUUCGGGACCAUCGGUUGACCAUGCUGGCUUACCAUGGAGUCAGCGUAAGUCAGCUGUACAGAACAGCUCGUUUGAGCUACACAUCCGUCCUACAUCGUUCCACGCCGUACCUAGUCGGUCUAAGUUUGGGCAUGGCUCUGAAGAAACCUGUAGAACACGGCAAGUUCAUCCUUGGUGUUGGCUGGCUAUCCAGCACAGCGCUAUGGUUCCUGGUCUGGUGGUCAGUCAUCGAUUCAGGGUCACUCCAGUAUAGAUACAGUGCCUCAUUUGCCGCUCAAUACGCUGCCCUUGCACCUAUUGCAUCCGCCCUCGCAAUCGCCUGGGUGAUUUAUGCCGUCCAUAGUUCUGGUGAAGGUUUUAUGUCACGUUUCUUAUGCUGCCGUCCGUUGGUGCUGAUUAGCCGUUUAUCCUACGCCCUAUAUCUGACCCAGUUCAUCGUGUUUAUAACCAGCAUCGCUACCGUCAAGACUUCCAGAGAAUUUACUAUGAUGUCCUUGAUCGACGUCCAAGAAAUAGCAGCAAUACUCCUAUCAUCGAUCAUUCUAACUCUAACAUUUGUUAUCCCAAUGCAAAACCUACACAAAAUAUUUACGUUCUCGUUUAAAUCUACAAGUCCGGAGGAAGCCAAGGAAUCAGAAGACGCCGAGCAAGAGAAAGAAGAAAAACAAGAAGAGAAAGAAGAGACAGUAGAGUCAGAGGUUAUUGAGGUACCAGCAAUGAGAAGUAGGCAGCAUUUGAUAGCACAUAGAGAAGUAUUAGAAGAAAUUCCUGAGACAGAAAUAGAGUAUGAAGCACAAAGAGAUAACGAAGGCCUAGGAGAAAUUUUGGAAGAGGAAGAGGAAGAAGUGGCUGAGGAAUCUGUUGGAAAUAUAGAUGAUGAUGAACUGGAAGUCAUAGAAGAAGAAGGCGGAGAAGAUGAAGAAGAUGAAGCGUGGUUGGAAAGAGAACAUUAUGUGAGAAGGAGAUCAGAACCUAGAGAUGAUGACCAAGAUCUAGACGAAUGGGAAUGGACUGCGAAUGGUAACCGUAACGGAGCUCAAUAUUAUCGAUACUCAAGGUAGCGUUGUUUAUAAUGUUAAAUUAAAUCUUUUUGAGUUUU